AUGUCUCCCGGGCAGCGUCUCCUCCCUCUGAUGUGAAAACUCUCAGUCUUCUUCUCAUUCUUCUUCUUCUUUUUGUCAUUAUUAUUAUUCUCCUGCGAACACGAAUGUCUCGGGCUGGAUCCACGGUGUGUGUUGACAAUGAGUCCCGCGGCUGUCGGUGCUGUUCGGUCCUGUCUGUGUCUGUUGCUCGCAGUUCUCCUCCACUGUGCAGUUGCAUGUGCAGCAGCUGUCUAUGAUGGGUUGAAUGAGCCGGAUUCUCAGGAGAGGCUCCUCCAGCAUGUACAGAGUUAUGAGAUUACUUCUCCUAAAUGGCUGCAUCCUCACUCACACAGCAGCUCUGCCAACAAUCAGCAUCCCGAAGAGACGCAGGUUCUGAUCACCGCUGAGGGCCAGGAGCUCAGACUACACCUGGAGAAAAACCAGCAGCUGUUGGCCCCUGGAUAUCAGGAAAUAUGGUACACCCCUGACGGAGCCCGCAAGUCCUCCUCUCCUGCCAACGCUGGACACUGCUUCUAUCACGGGGUGGUUCAGGGCUUUGAAGGAUCCAGUGUUGCUGUUAGCACAUGCUCAGGACUCAGGGGACUCAUUUCUCUGAACACAAGCAUCAGCUACCUGAUAGAGCCUCUUCCUGUUUCCACGGACGCUCGGCAGCACGCCGUGAUCAGAGCCGAGAGUCUCCAUCUGCCUCAAGGAAACUGCCUGCAUCACCAUGGCGACAAGGACCAGCCAGAGGAGCGGCUUAAUGACUUCAUCCAUGGAAUGAUGUCAUCACGGAGCAAGAGGGAGAAAAGGGACUUGAGUCAAAACAUGAAGUACGUGGAGCUGCUGAUGGUGGCAGACAGGGCUGAGUUUGAGAAGCAUGGUAGUAAUCUGGAGAAGACCAAACUGAAACUGCUGGAAACGGCUAACUUGGUUGACAAGUACUACAAGGCUUUAAACAUCCGUGUGGCAUUAAUUGGUCUGGAGGUGUGGUCCAGCCAGGACAUGAUCAGCGUGUCGGACAACCCACACAGCACUCUGGCAGAGUUCCUGUCCUGGAGACGCAAGCAGCUCCGCGUGCUGCCCAAUGACAACGCUCAGCUCAUCACGGGGAAGUCAUUUCACGGCACCAUCAUUGGGCUAGCUCCUCUCAAAGCCAUGUGCUCCGACUACCAGUCUGGUGGAGUGAACACGGACCACUCAGAAUUUGCCUUCGGCGUUGCCGCCACCAUGGCGCACGAGAUGGGUCACAACUUCGGCAUGAGUCAUGACAGCACGGGCUGCUGUCAGGCCAGAGCAGAGGACGGGGGCUGCAUCAUGGCCGCCGCUACUGGGCACCCGUUUCCACGAGUGUUUAACGGUUGUAAUGAGAGGGAGCUGGAGAGCUACCUGAGCUCCGGAGGAGGGAAGUGUCUCUUCAACCUGCCCAACACCAGGUCCAUGUACGGAGGGCAGCGCUGUGGCAAUGGUUACCUCGAGGAGGGGGAGGAAUGUGACUGUGGCGAGGAAGAGGAGUGCACCAGUCCCUGCUGUAACGCCAACAACUGCACUUUGAAAGCUGGGGCCGAGUGCGCCCAUGGCAUCUGCUGUGAUAACUGCAAGUUGAAGAGCCCAGGCGUGUUGUGCCGUGCUCCCUCAGGACCAUGUGACCUGGCCGAGUACUGCGAUGGCAAAGCUGAGUCUUGUCCUGCUAACUUCUUUUUGGUGGAUGGAACGUCGUGCUCGGGCGGCCGGGCCUACUGUUACACAGGCAUGUGUCUGACGCUGGAGCAGCAGUGUCUGUCACUGUGGGGACGAGAUGGCCGCUCGGCCCCCGACCUGUGUUUUGAACAGGUGAACAUAGCCGGGGACAUGUUCGGGAACUGUGGCAAAGAUCAGCUCGGGAAAUACAGGAGCUGCAAGGACAGAGAUGCAAAAUGUGGGAAAAUCCAGUGUUUAACUUCAGCUUCAAAGCCCAUUGAGAGCAACGCCGUUCGCAUUGAGACCAGCGUCACUGUGGACAACAAGAGAAUCCGGUGUAUGGGAACACAUGUGUACACUCCCGGGGCAGACGAGGCACAGGGAGACACCCUGGAUCCAGGCCUGGUCAUGACGGGCACCAAGUGUGGAGACGACUCGAUUUGCUUUAAUGGAGAGUGCCGCAAUGCAUCAUUUCUGCGGGCUGAUGAGUGCAAUGCCAAGUGCCACGGACACGGGCUGUGUAACAACAACCAUAACUGCCACUGUGACCGUGGCUGGGCUCCUCCUCUGUGUGACCAGAAGGGCUCAGGUGGGAGUGUCGACAGUGGACCUGUCAUCAGCCACAGCGGUCUCCUUCCAGUCCUGCUUGUCCUGCCUCUGGUUCUCUUUGUGGUUCUGGCUGCUGUCGGACUCUGGUGCUGCUACAGACAUAAACUCCACCCAUUGAAAAGAUCAGCGCCACCCCCGGUGCCGAGUUGUUCAGUCCCAGUGGAGGCCAAGCCUUUGCAAGCUGACGGUCAUUUGAACGGACACGCCAACCCGACGUUCUUACUAAAGAAGCAGCCGUCGGACCACCUGGUGAAGGCCCCUGCCUGUCCAAGCCCAUCCUCCUCGACCCGGUCCAGACAAGCUAUUGUGCGUCCAGCAGUGAAGCCUCCUCCUGUACCUGUGUGUGCUGCAGUUCAGAAAGAGCAGACGCCGGAGCCUCAGCACCAGCCUGUGUCGUCUCCUCAGAGACAAAUCUCUCCUCAGGCUUACACCCCCCCUCCUCUUAAAUCUGCACCGCCGACCAAGCAGAGAAAAACCUGGGCUCCUCCGUUACCUUCAGGACCUCCAUCUGUUCCUAAAGGUCGCUUACAGCCUUCAGCUGCAGCUAAACUCCGACCGGACCCUCCCAACAGACCUCCACCUCCUCUUCCUGUCAACAAAUCAUCAGUGGAUCAAGUGAAAGUCCUGCUGGCUGCUAAAGCUGCUUUGGUUCCAUCUGCUGGUCAGAAAAAGCCAAACAGAAUCUAAUCUAAGAUCUCAGGGAGACAUCGGGGACCACCACUUGCAUCCAGUAAUGGAUCUGCCUCAAACUGUAUUUUUAGCCACUGACCAAGAACAUGUGGAUUAAGAUGAAUACUUAACACACUUCUGUGGAUUACAGUUUAUUUAUAUAAUGUUUAAUAAGGGAAUUAUGGAAAAUAUCAAAAUGAGUAUGUUUUACAAUGUAAUCUGUGUCCACCUGAAACAACAAUUUUGGAAGGUGUUUUAUUCUCCCAGACGUCACUGGAAAUGUGAAAUCGCUCCCCGUUUGUCAGCAGCGUUGAAUCACUGCUCAAGAAGGAUCUAUUCUCAAAGUGAAGAAAAACAAAUGUUUACAAUGUAGCCUAUGUAUUAAACAUGGUGUCUCUUAAAGAGCAUCAGCUAUAAGGGGAUAUCUUAUAUUAAGAAAAGAUGCCAAUAGUGAAGUGCUUACGCUUUGUAUGUGUGAACAAAUAAUGUGAUUGGAACUGGACUUAAGGGGACCAGUAAAAAGCCCUACAUGCAUGCUGUAUGUAUAUGCUUAUGCUGAGAGAUAUGGAUGUGUAGCAGGAAAUGUUAGAGAUUCGUUUGAAAGAUUUUAUAUUAUUGUGCACUUUUAGCAGUCUCUUUAGGAUCAAACCCCCCUGAAGGCCAUUCAAAAUCUCCUUCCACAAACCAGUACCAGUCACUUUUCAAGCUGACAGGACGUGAGAGUUUGAUACCAUAACGAUUUGUGGUGAAGAAUCACUAAUGUGACUAUGGGUACCCUUAUUGACGUUCUUCUGUCACUGUCAAACUGUUUUCAGACAUGAAGUCUGUAAAAAAUGUCUGGACAAUUUGGUCCCGACUUUAUCCACAGUUUAUAUGAAGGACGCAGACAACCUCCUGCUGUAUUCUCAUAUGUGCUUAUUCUGACAUUAUCCUCACUUUUUUUCAAGGGGUCCUGCAGUUGAGACCCCAGGGACGAAAAAAUAAGUUACAAUUUAUUACAUAUUACGAACAAAAAUGAGCCAUAUAGUUUUACCUACAUGUAAGCUAACCAAAAUUGCACCGUAAAAUUAAAUGAUUUCAACCCUUGUGCCCAAAGAUCUUUUUAAAAACAUUUUGAUGGGAGUUUCCUCAUGACCAAAACAUUAUGUAGACUCCUUUACUGAGGAAGACUAUGUAGUGUGACAAUCCAAUCCAUGUUACAAUGUUAACUCUGGCAUUAUUUUAAGGUACAGUGGUUCAUUACUUUGCUGGAGAGAUGUCUGUCAGCUGCCAUGUUUUACCUUCUUAUCACACCUAUGCAAACUCAGGCAACACUGUGUCUUCAACUGGAAUUUACAUGA